AUGACAUUUCCAAGAUCACACUUUCAAGGAACUCAUGACAGUGAAGUCGACCCAAGUGAAAUUACACAUGUUAACGAUGUUGCACCUGAUCCGCAGAUCAUUAUAUGGAUUUUGACUUUAGCUUUGGAGGAUGCACUAAUAUCAUAUGUUAACAUGGAUGACAGAGAAAAUGGUGCAUCAUCAUGUCGACCUCAAGGGAGGUUAAGGUGGAUUAAAGAGCACCAAAUUGAUAUAUAUGCUGAAGUGUCCCAAGGUUUACAGGAUGCUUUGCAUGUUGGUGAAACUAAUGCAGAAAACGUUGGAAAAAGAACAAUAUUGUCAUCAUCAUUUAAUGGUGGUCGUCGAGACAUGAUACAACAUUAUGAAGAUGGCAUGGCUAUUGUUCUUAAUGGCGGUAAACUAGAUAUUUUUCUAACAGUGACAUGCAAUCCUUCUUAG